AUGAUAUUGUUAUAUCUCAUUUUUGUCGUAAUACCAUUUAUUGCAUUUUCUUUUUUCAUAUAUAAAAGUGUAUGCACCUUUAUUCAUGAAAAAAACAAGAGAAAUGAGUUUUUCAGUUGUUUAAAAUAUGAAAAUAAGCAGUUUAAUGUAUAUGAGAGGUUUUCUAAAAAAUAUGAGAUUGAAAAAUACAAAUAUUACUUAAAAGUCGAGAGGAAAAUUGAAGUCAAUUACAACACCGAUAUUUUUGAAGAAUUAAACACUGAUUCAAAUGAUGCGGACAAACAAAAUGAGCAAUAUAUAGAAAACCUCUUGGAUGACAUUUAUCAUGACGAGAAGUAUGUUCAAGAUAGUGAAUUGAACGACCCCAGAUUGAGUUGGAUGAGAAAACUGUCUAACGAGGACAUUGUGAAGCUCAAAGUUAUGCUACUCAAGAAGGCAAUAUACUUCCUUCCAAUAUGUAACAAAAUAUUUCAAGACAAAAACAAAAAGCAUCGCCUGUACAAUAACUACUACAUUGAUGAUAGCAUGUCCAAAGAGUUAGAUGGGCAAUGUGAAGAAUUUUUAGAAGAAUUCAACAUGAUCAUUUACGAGGCCAAUUGUUUAUCUCCAAGAUGGGGUGAAACAAUUAUCUCUGAUGCUUAUCGAAUCUUUCAUCACAAUAAAAUAAAAGCUGACGAAGAGAAAAAAAAAAAAGAAGAAUUGAAAAACCAAGCGAAGAAGCAAAAACAGAAGGAAAAGAAAUUGAAAGAAACAACUGAAAAGGCUAAUUUGUUGGCCAAUCAGAUAAUCGAGGAGGAGAAUUCCAAAAAAAAAAAAAAAAAGAGCAAAUAA